AUGGGGGAGAAUACUAAAGCAGAGCCUUUGAAGUGUCCAAGAUGUGAAUCAACCAAUACAAAAUUUUGUUACUACAACAAUUACAACAAAUCACAGCCUCGCCAUUUUUGUAAAGGCUGUAAAAGGCAUUGGACUGAAGGUGGCAUUCUUCGUAACGUCCCCGUUGGCGGCGGCCGGAAAAUUAAACGGCUCAAGAUCACAAGUGAAAAGAGUAAUUCUCAAAUAGUUGUUGAGGAUGAGAAGAAAAAUGUAUUUGAUAAUUUGUAUCAUGAGCCAAAUAUCCCUUCAUCUUCACUACCACAUGAUACAAUCACCAACAACCUAUGUUGUUCGAAUUUUCCAAAAAUACAGUCGUACUCAUGUCAAACCCUGAAAAAAUGCACAACUUUCGAAAGAUCCGACACACAUCCUGCAACAUUUUUAAAGAGGCCGAGCAACAUAGUGAAAACAUGUGUUCCUCAAGAUGAAGAUAUGCUACUUUCUUUGUCCUUUGACAAAAUUCCAUGUUCUAUUCCCACAUCUACUAAUCAAUAUUCAAAUAUUUAUAAUUACAUGGAAAAUCUUGAUAGUACCAAGGAGGAGCCAGCUAAUACAUGGCAAGGUCCAGGAACAAGUAGUCUAAUGAUGGAAAAUAUGCAAAGUUAUUGGAAUUGGAACGACAUUGAGGCAUUGGAUGAUCUCAAUAUACUAUGGGAUGACACUGAGAUCAAACCAUAA